UGGUUCUAUGCUUGCUGUGAAUGACUCUUGCCUCGCACACUCUUGCAGGUCAAUUCAAUCCCUUCAAUGGCUUUGGUCAAGCAAACAUCGGCUUGGCCUUCUUUGGCAACGGCCUCUGCGCGCUCGUUGAGUCCGACCUCCCUUAUUCCGCGCGCUUGACGCCGGAUGGCGACAUCGAGACCCUCGGUCGGCACGACUUUGACGGCGUGCUUUCCGUGAGCAUGACCGCCCAUCCCAAGGUGGACCCAGAAACCGGUGAAGCCUACGCUUACAAUUAUAACCCCUUCUUCCCUCCUUUUCAGACCUUCUUCAAGUUUGACCGGGAGGGAGUGAAACAUACCGACAUGCCAGUCCUCUCCCUCUCCUGCCCGCCUUUCAUCCACGACUUCGCCAUUACGAGGAAGUAUACUGUGUUCCCCGACACCCAGAUGGGAGUGAACCCCAUGGGAGUGGUGUUGGGAGGAUCCUUAGUGGGCCUGAACCCGCGCAAAGUGCCGAGGAUUGGGAUCGUCCGUCGAGACGCGGGAAGCGGGUGCGAGAUGAGGUGGUUCGAUGUGCCGGGCUGCAAUAUCAUGCACAUUGUGAACGCGUGGGAUGAAGAAGACGAUGAUGGCAAUGAUGUGGUGGUGACGGUGGCAUCAAACAUAAUGUCAGCUGAACAUUUUUUGGAGAGGUUGGACCUUGUCCAUGGCUUAAUGGAGAAGAUUACGAUCAACCUCAAGGACGGAAGGGCGUCGAGGCGACCGAUUUCAGCUAUGAAUUUGGAUCUUCCGGCGAUAAAUCCUGCGUAUAUAGGGAAAUAUAGUAGAUAUGUAUAUGCAGGCAUUGCUGAUCCAAUGCCGAAAAUGUCUGUGGUGGGAAAACUAGAUCUGGCGAAACGAGUGGGUAUCGACAGAUGCGUGGUCACUAGUCGGAAUUAUGGGCCAGGUAGCUAUGGAGGCGAGCCGUUCUUCGUGGCGAGGGAUCCCGAACAUCCAGAGGCCAAGGAGGACGAUGGGCAUAUCGUGUCCCACGUCCACGACGAGAAAGUUAGCGAGACGAGGUUCUUGAUGAUGGAUGCCAAGUCGCCAGACCUUAAUGUGGUGGCCGCGGUGAGGCUACCCCAGCACGUUCCUUAUGGCUUCCAUGGAAUUUUCGUUAGGGAUAGUGACCUAAGUUGA